AUGAAACUCGACCAGUUUCUCGCCAUGGAUGUUGGCGGAGACUCCGACGAGGUCCUUGACUUGCGCGGGCUCGAGUACAUCUCUAGUUAUGACGAUCAUCUCAUGUGCCCAAUCUGCCACUGCCCUUUUAUUCGACCGGUGCGCCUUGGCUGCGACCAUGUAUUUUGUCAAGCAUGUUUGAAUAUAGCUAUCCACAGUUUCGCCGCCGGGCGAGAGGACUUCACCUUCGGCCGCCAUGGGGAGGGCUUUACCUGUCCCACAUGCCGCACUCCUACGCACGAUGUCUACCUUAAUGUUCCCCGACUCCUAACCAACAUGUGCGAUGACCUUUCGGUGCGAUGUCCAUAUUCGAGUGAAGGCUGCGAGGAGAUUGUUCCGAGGGGCCAUAUCCAGACCCAUGCAGACAAGUACUGCAGCUAUAAAUUGAUGAACUGCCCUGGCCCUGAUUGCGACCAAAGGACUCGCAAGAAGGACCUCAGCCCGGAGAAGAAGUGCAUGCACGAGUUACACAAAUGUCUGCGUUGCGAGAAAGACAUCAUGGAGCAGGAUUACGAGGUCACCGUUUUCCGAAAAGCCCUCCGGGAACACAUUGACGCUUGCCCUGAAGCGAUCCACCCAUGCGCCGCAUCCAAGUUUGGCUGUCCUAUCAAGAUGAAACGUGCAGAGUUGAGCUCCCAUGAGCAAAGUUGCCCUCUCAUUACGAUAGGGCCGUACUUCGAAGCUCAGAACUCCCGACUUGAUUCCAUGGAGUUAACAGUCCGUCACCUUCAACAACGCAAUGAAAUUCUGGAUGACGGCCUUUCUUCUAUCCGCUCAACCCUCGUUGAAUCAUCCCGCGCCUUCUCCGCACACAACAAUGGUAAUAAUGCCAACGAUCCAGAAUACCCUGGGGACGAUUUCCCUUCAUUCGUCGCCGCCCCUUCUUCAUCAAACGCUCUCAGGCCAGGCCCAUCCCAAACCGAACCCGACGCAUCCACCAACCCCCUUACAAACGCAACAACCUACCUUCUUUCCCUUCACGAAUCCCUCCGCGAAGAGGUCGCCCAGCUUUCCCAUGCCAUAACAGACCUCGAUGCCCGUGCAAGCAUGGCAAUCAUGAACGAGUGUCUACGGCUCAAGGAAGACAUGGCGCACACAAAUGCCGCCGUUAGCAGUGUCCGUAUGCAGAUGCAGUGGCUUAUGAAUCCACGGCUACACCAAGGACAACGAACGCAAAAUGGCGGCGACUCAGGGACCGGGCCUGGAAUGCCGGGAGCUGCAGCAGGGCCAAGUAAUCAUGCCCCUGGGUUGCUGAGGCCGAGGAGGCUGAGCGAUACGGGGAGGGAGGGGACGAAAUUGUAA